GCUGGUGGCUUCUAUCGGAGGUACAGCGGUGUCCGUUUCGUGGAGACUUGGACCACAACGAGGUCCCGCACCAGCGACAGAAGGAGGCGUUGGCUGCUACCGGUUCCGGAGGGAAGGCCAUUGUUUUUAGGUCGCAGCCAGCCAGCAGAGCGCAGGUUCCACUUCAGGAUAGCUUGGCAGGCCUCAGCGAAGGGCAUGUCUCCGAUAGAAGCUGCUCUGUUCGCAGUGGUCUUUCUACUCACCACAUUUAUCUUGUGGGCCGCUCGGAGACGCCACAAGCAGAGCCUCCUCAGGAGAUACGGAAUUCCCGGACCGGAACCGAGCUUACUUUUUGGAAACUACAUGGAGUUGAAAAAGGACCGAAUCAAGGUCAUGGAGCAGUGGGCCCAACAGUACGGAAAGGUGUACGGUUUCUACGAAGGCGAGGUUGCGAAAGUUGUCAUUGGCGAUAUUAACAUUGCGAAAGAAUGCUUCGUCAAGCGAGCCCACGAAUUCAUCGAUCGGCCACCGAUGGUAACCGACAUCGAAUCCAUUUUGAACAGCCUCAUAGGUCUGAAAGGUGAUGAAUGGAAGACAGUCCGAAAUUUAUUAAAUCCUAGUUUCACUUCAGCAAAGAUGAAGCUCAUGCUAGGCAUCAUACACCAUUGUUCAGACACAUUGCUGGAAAUCCUUGGCGAACAAGUGCCAGACCACAGACGCGCAGCUGUAAAUUUCUCCAAGCUCUGCCAAGGUGUCUCUAUGGACGUCAUUACCAAGUGCUCUCUCGGAUGGCAGUCGGAAUGCCAGAAAAAUGUGGACGAUCCGGUCAUCAGCACAAUCAGAGAGAUUCUGUUAAAUUCGGGGAACGCUAUCAAUGACGUGUGCAUACUGAUACCGUCACUCGGUACUAUUAUGUCAUACAUAUUUCCGCUCCUAAGUUACGGGAGGCUGUUCACGAGCAUGCAGGACAGUCUACAUCAAGUGCUGCAAGUGCGAAAGAAGGGAACACCUGCGGUGGCUGAUAUUGUUCAGCUCAUGGUUGAGGCCCAAAAGAAUUCUGUUAUCCCGAACGAGGUGCAAAACGGAACAGUGACGUCAACAUCGAGCGACAUCAGGCCUAAGACCAGCUUCAUCAAGGACACGCACAUUGUGUCCAACUGCUUCGUCUUUCUGGUUGCCGGCUACGAGACAACCGCCAGCACAUUAGCGUUUACGCUGUACGAGUUGGCCAGACACCCCGAUGAGCAGCGUCGGCUACAUGAUGAACUAAUGUCUACCUUUCCCGACAAAGACGUCCUUAGCUACGAAGACUUGCAGGCACUAAAGCGAUUUGACGCGGUCAUCAGAGAAUGCCUGCGCCUCUACCCGCCUUUGGUGCUAGUAACGUCACGUAUGUGUACCAAGGACACCCAGCUGGUAAGCGGCCACAUCAUCCCGAAAGGUUCACACAUCAUCUUGCCAACGUGGAAUGUUCUUCACGAUGCCGAUCUAUGGAGGGACCCUUACGACUUCAAUCCGGACCGGUUCAGCGAGCGGCUGGAAGGAGAGCGUCUCGCUGCGUCCACCGUCUCGUUCGGCUUUGGGCCACGUGAAUGUAUCGGGAAGCGUCUCGCUCUGCUCGAGCUCAAAGCUGUCCUCUCGAAACUCGUCAGAAUGUACAAAUUCAGCGUAUGCGAUGAAACACAAAUUCCUAUGAGAGUCAAGGUUCCUCUCAUCAAUGUAUUUCCCGAACGUGAGAUUGUGCUGGGCGUCGAGGUACGCCAUGCGUGGAAAGGGUAGGACAACAGUAUUCCAACAGUGUGCUGUAUAUGGGCAACGCAAAUAUGUUACAGGAAAAGCACUCCUAUGUCUUCUUCAUAACGUAAGUCAUUCAUGCGCUACACUUCUGGCCACUCCGUGUACCAACAGAGACUUCUUGGUGGACACUCAUAAACUCCUGGUCACUUUCACUAAUCUGCCCAUUGCAUCGGUCGGUAAGAGAACGCUUCCGAUAUAAACGCCGUCUAUUUCCUGAAGUCGUCUUCAGCACUCGCAUAUGCGUAUGUAGAGGAAUUUAACUACAUACCCUCAGGUAGACUAGCGCCAGCUAUUCAUAAUUAAAGCUAAGAUUCAUAACAAAGCAAAUGAUAUGCCUUAAAUAUUUAGUUCGUUCAAAAAAUUACCACUUUUCGGUGUACUAGCUGAAUCAUGGCAACAGGACAUAUAAUCAAACCAGCAUCAUAACUGACGACCCCACUCCACCGCCAUUUACGACCAUCACUGUCUUUCUUCUUUCGCUGUUCAUGCUUUUCACGACCAUCUUGCUGCAUACUCUACA